CCAGACCAGGCUUCACACAGCUUCCAUUUGUAGGAUACCUGCAAAAUCUGGUCUAGAGGACAAACCUAAGCAGAGUAUUGAUUCUGAGCGUUCCCAUCUCUCCUCAUUCACGAUGAAGUUGAAGGGCAAGUUUCAUUCACCAAAAAUAAAGAGAACACCCUCAAAGAAAGGGAAGCAAGCUGAGCUGACAGUGAAAACACCAGAGAAGUCAGUGAACAAAAAUGUAUCAUGGCUAGAAGAAAAGGAGAAGGAGGUUGUCAGUGCAUUGCGCUACUUUAAGACAAUUGUGGACAAAAUGGCAAUUGAUAACAAAGUGUUAGAGAUGCUGCCAGGCUCAGCAAGCAAAGUGCUGGAAGCUAUCCUGCCCUUGGUGCAAACUGACCCACGCAUCCAGCAAAGUUCUGCCAUCUCAUCCUGCUACAGCCGAGUGUACCAGAGCCUGGCCAACCUCAUCCGCUGGUCUGAUCAGGUGAUGCUGGAGGGGGUCAACUCAGAGGACAAGGAGAUGGUGACAACAGUGAAGGAUGUCAUCAAAGCUGUUCUGGAUGGAGUCAAGGAGCUGGUCAGACUCACGAUUGAAAAGCAGGAGCAUCCCUCUCCCACAAGCCCAGUUAAACCCAGUUUACCAGCAUGUAAAUCUGACAGCCCAUCAGAACUUCCCCUUACCGACCGAGAAAUGGAGAUCCUCAACAAAACAACCAAUAUGACUCAAUCCAACGAGCUGCUGACUGACUCCAUGGAUGAAGAAGUUGCACCUCCUAAACCCCCUCUGCCCAGCAUUCGUGUGGCAGAGAACAGCCCUCCACCAGCACUGCCCCCUAAAAAACGUCAGUCGGCGCCUUCCCCAACCAGAGUGGCUGUUGUGGCCCCCAUGAGCCGAGCUACCAGUGGGUCCAGUUUACCUGUUGGGAUCAACAGACAGGAUUUUGAUGUUGACUGCUAUGCCCAGAGGAGGUUGUCAGGUGGAAGCCACUCCUAUGGGGGGGAGUCUCCUCGCCUGUCCCCGUGCAGCAGCAUCGGCAAACUGAGCAAGUCUGACGAGCAGCUCUCCUCCCUGGACCGCGACAGCGGCCAGUGCUCCCGCAACACAAGCUGUGAAACCCUGGAUCAAUCGGAUCACUAUGAUCCAGACUAUGAAUUCCUGCAGCAGGACCUCUCCAACGCUGAUCAGAUACCUCAGCAGGGGUCCAGUGUCCUCAGCCCAUUGCCAGAGUCCUUGGGUGAGUCUGGCUCCCCUUUCCACGGACAGACUUUCCAGCUCCCGCAGGGCAGCUCUCCUCCACUGGAAUUCUGCAGCCUCUCGGGAGCAGCACAGCCAACAGAGACUCCCCCAGCUUUGCCAGAGAAGAAGAGGAGGAGUGCAGCCUCCCAGACCUCAGAGAACUCGGGCUGCAGGGUGUCCUACGAGAGGCACCCCUCCCAGUACGACAACAUCUCCGAGGACGACCUGCAGAACGUUGUCCCGUCAAUGCCCUUCACGCCCUUCGCUGCUGUUCUGCCUUUCCAGCAAGGAAACUCUUCAGCACCAGUGGAAUUCAUUGCUGAUUUUGCUGCUCCAGAUUCGAACAGUGACCCAGAAAAGCCACCACCUCUGCCAGAGAAGAAAAACAAACACAUGAUGGCCUACAUGCAGUUUGUGGAAGAUUACUCAGAGCCACAGCCCUCCAUGUUCUACCAGACCCCUCAGAACGAGCACAUCUACCAGAAGAAGAACAAGUACCUCAGGGAAGUCUACGGGAUCAAUGACUCCUUUAUCAGCUUGGACCCCUCUCAAGAGCUGGCACCUCCUCCUGCUCUCCCACCGAAGCAGAGGCAGCUGCAGGCCUCCUAUGCUGCCUCUUCUUUCUCCUCUGUCUCCUACUGUGUCCAGCAGCCCAAAGUGCCCUUCACCCCCGAGGACUGCGGUGCCACUCAGGGCCUCACUAUGUCAGUCUCUAACUCCUUUCUCAGCCGGCACAGCUCCUUCCCUGUGCACUCGUACAAAUCUGUGUUUAGGUCCUACUCCCAGGACUUUGUGCCUCACAACCAAGUCUCCAUACCUCCUUUCCUCUCUUCUACCUCCUCCUCCUGCUCCACCCCGCCUUUCCCGCCCGUCCACGCAUCCCAGAGCCCCGACCUAGCGGUGCCCGCUGCAGCCAGCCAGCCCCCCAGCACUGUGGAUGGGCCAAACUCCUCUUCUCAGGAGAGCAGCUUUAAUGGGAAUGCUCCUGUCUGCCUUCCUUCUGAAACCUCUCUCACUGAUUCUCUCCAGACGCCUUCGAGUGAAAACGCCAGUGAGGAGGCUGGUGAGGGUGAAUAUGUCAAUCUGUAUUCCUCUGGCCAGAGCAACGGGGAACUCCCUCGCUCUGAAGGAGAAUCUCCCCCUGUCAAAGACAGCCACUCCAAAGACUCGGCUUUGAGCAGCAGUGCCAUGGGGAAUGAGGGCAAAGAUGGUGCUGAAAGGCAGCCACAGUCACCAGAUACUUUGGAGUCAUCACAGCUGGAGGAAGAGGUAGAUGAGCUGUCCCUUAUUGACCACAGUGAAAUCAUGUCUAGAUUAACACUGAAGCAAGAGGGGGACGAUGGGCCAGAUGUCCGUGGUGGGUCUGGAGACAUUCUGCUGGUGCACGCCACAGAGACAGACAGGAAAGAUCUGGUGCUGUACUGUGAAGCCUUUCUGACUACAUACAGGACAUUUAUUACCCCAGAAGAGCUCAUCAAGAAGCUGCAGUACAGAUAUGAGAAGUUUUGCCACUUCCCGGACACGUUCAAGAAGCGGGUCAGUAAGAACACCUUCUUCGUGCUGGUGCGAGUGGUGGAUGAGCUCUGCCUGGUGGAAUUGACAGAGGAAAUCCUCAAGCUGCUGAUGGACCUGGUGUUCAGGCUGGUGUGCAGUGGGGAGCUCAGCCUGGCCAGAGUGCUGCGCAAGAACAUCCUGGAUAAGGUGGAUCAGAAGAAAAUGCUGAGCUACGCCAACUCCAUCAAACCUCUCGCUGCCAGAGGGGUGGCAGCCAGGCCAGGGACGCUGCAUGAUUUCCACAGUCAUGAAAUAGCUGAGCAGCUGACUCUGCUGGAUGCUGAACUCUUCUAUAAAAUUGAGAUCCCAGAAGUUCUGCUUUGGGCAAAAGAACAAAAUGAAGAGAAGAGUCCCAACCUGACACAGUUCACAGAGCACUUUAAUAACAUGUCCUACUGGGUCCGUUCAAUAAUUAUGCUACAAGAGAAAGCCCAGGACCGAGAGAGGCUGCUGCUUAAAUUUAUAAAGAUUAUGAAGCACUUACGAAAGCUGAAUAAUUUUAAUUCCUAUCUGGCCAUUCUUUCUGCACUGGAUUCUGCCCCCAUCCGAAGGCUGGAGUGGCAGAAGCAAACCUCAGAGGGCCUGGCUGAGUACUGCACCCUGAUCGACAGCUCCUCGUCCUUCCGUGCCUACCGAGCUGCCCUGGCCGACGUGGAGCCCCCCUGCAUCCCCUACCUAGGCCUGAUUCUGCAGGACCUGACCUUUGUCCAUCUGGGAAACCCUGAUUACAUUGACAGCAAAGUGAACUUUUCCAAGCGCUGGCAGCAGUUUAACAUCCUGGACAGCAUGAGGUGCUUCCAGCAAGUACAUUACGACAUCAAAAGGAACGACGACAUAGUGUCAUUCUUCAACGACUUCAGCGACCACCUGGCUGAGGAGGCCCUGUGGGAACUGUCCCUGAAAAUCAAACCUCGCAACAUCACGAGGCGGAAAACAGAUCGGGAGGAGAAAACCUAGGAGGAGGGGUGGUGCGAGGAGAAUGGCUCUGCACUGUGGGCAGCUGUGAGACUGGAGCUCAAUGUUUGUACCUGUCACUGGAUGACACACUCCCUCCCUCCCAGCUGGCAGCCAGCCCUGGGGGUGGCAGUGCCAGCGGCGCCGGCGCAGCCGCCGGGGGCAGAGAUCGGCCUUCUCCUCCCGUCCCUCCGUGCCACGAACCAGCUUCAACCCCGGGGACUGAGCUGUGUGGAAGGAGUGGUUUGCUGGUUUGCUGGCCCCAUGCAGUGUCCAGGUGUGCCCUGGCUCAGAGCAGGGGCAGCAGGAGCUCAGCACCACUGACUCACCUCCGGAGCGGCGUCGGGCAGCAAAGGGAGCCGAGGGUUGGAGUCUCCCCUGCAAUGCCACCUUCCCAAGGUGUUGGUGAGGAUGGAAGCUGCCUGCCAGAGGAGCUCUGCUUUCAGAGAGCUGCUUGUGUUUACAGGGGUCUCAGCUCACCCCAGAUCUCUGGCGCCUUCUUCGCGGGAGGAAGGCGCCGGUCGUAGGAAGAGGCACUGAAGAUGUGGGCAGGGACCCGCCAUCUCCAGCCAUCACACCCCCUCCUCCUCUCAGAUCUCGUUAUUUAAGCAACAGUAAAUCCCUCUGAACCUGGAACCGUGGACUGCCCAGGUACUGGGGGUCACCUGCCUGUGACCCCGUGUCUCUUAGCGAUGGUACUUAGCUUUUGCACAGGAAAUGCUGUAGGAUACAGACUGUACAUACCUAGUGUUUAGAACCCCCUGGGGAUUUUUGAUGCAUGUCUGAAUACCGAUGAAUUUAUAGGAAAAAAAUCAAAAGCGUAAACCAGUCUGUAUAAAAUCCACAACCAGUGACAAUGUUGUUCCAAGUGCUGGAUAAAGGAGGCUCAGGGCAGGUGGGCACUGGCUGCAGAGCAGGGGCAGGAGCCUCGGAAAGGAGCCAUUUCUGGGUUGGAAGUGGGAGCCAGGAAGGAGCCCUGUGCCCAGCUAAGCCACCCUGUCCUCCCACCCACUCCUCUCUCCGUUGCCAAAUGUUUGUCUCCAGGGUCCCCGUUGGGACCCCCAGUGCUGUGCUUUGAGAGCCGUGUUUGGCAGGACCCCCAGCAGGUCCCUGUCCCCAGUCCCUCUGUGCUGGUGCCAGCAGGGCAGGCACAGCCCAGCAUGGAGGGGCGAGGCAGGGGUGUCAUUUCCCACACAUACAGUGUUAACCCCAAUCUGUUCAGUGUGCCUUAUUCAGCCCCUCUGUUCCCCCUCUGUGUCCCACCCAGCACAGCCCCAGCCAGGCCAUUCCACAUCCCUCCUCUCUGUCCUGCUCCUGUGGUUUGCAGUUGGAUCGUGGGUGAGUGUGCCCUGCAGGUUUCAGCAGCCUUGCAAGACUCUCCUCAACUCCCUGUCAUGUGGUCACAGGUUUUUACAGGGUUCUGACAAAAUCCUGCAGGUUUAGGGCAGCAGCUCCCAAGGAAUUCAGAUGUGGAGUUUCACAGAGCAUCCUUAAUUUAUUUCUCAAUAGCAGCUCUGUGCCUGCUAAAGCCUCUGUUUAUUCUGGGUGAAUCAGAGCUGCACUCCUUUCCUUCUCCAAACAGAUUGCAAAGCCUUGGCCAGCUCUGCCUGGCUCUCAGGAGGGAGUGGCAGUCCAGGGUUUUACCCAGCUUGGUUAUUUUCCUGAAAACUCGGGCGUGAGACUCACACACAGACAGACCCCCCUGCUCAUGAGGGCAUCUUCUGGGGGAGGGCACUGUGGGGUCCAGCACAGCUGUGUGCAGCCCCAGGGCAGAAGGAGCAGGAAUCUUUUAUGCUGAACCACAGUGUCCGAGCAGGACACUU